GGAGUGCUUCGUGACGCUCUAAUAUUUUUGCAGUGAAAUUGUUAUUUUGUUGCACGAAAUGGAUUCCAAUUCUCCGCCCAAGAACGAUCACCCGAUGGAGUGUUCGACUCCCAUCAAUGCCGAUUUGUUGAACGACCAGAAACGUCGCAGCUCGUCACGAUCGAUCAAAAGGAAGCGAUUCGACGAUGAAAUUGUCGAAUUUAGCAUGAGCACUCCGAUUCAGCAGAUCAAAAACGUUGCCAACCGAUCACGAACGCUAUCCCAAUCGACAACCACCUUCGGAACAUCGGUUCCACCACCACCGCCACCAUCAGCACCGACCGUAUCGUCGCCACCGGGCACGACGGCGACGACAACCGAAUCGCCAACAAACGUUUCAACGGAACCGAUCCAAAUGGCGGAUCCCUUACCACAAACGCCUCUCCCAGCGGUGGUGGCCCCUGCGCCUCCGGUACCGGUGGCUUUGCCACCACCGCCGGCACCGAAUCCAGCUACCAGCAUUCUGCAGCAGCUCAACUCGAACGCGUCCGUAAACGAAAAGAAGCGCACGCUGAAGAGCAGCAAGAAGAAUAAGAAGAAAAGCACCAUCCAACAGGUGGCAACGAAGGAUCUCGGACGCUGGAAACCGAUGGACGAUCUCGCCCUCAUCACCGGCAUCCUCCAGACGAACGAUCUGCGUAUGGUGCACCGUGGCACCAAGUUUUCCUGCAAGUUCACCAUCCAGGAGAUGCAAGUCCGCUGGUGUUCACUGCUUUACGAGGAACCCAUUUCUCGCAUUGCCGUCGCGGCCAUGCGCAACCUGCACCCGGAGAUGGUGAAAAGUGUGCAGAGCAAGGCACUGUUCUCGCUGGCCGAAGAGGAACUACUCGGAACGAUCAAAUCGAACGACAACCCGACGCUCGAAACGUUCCAGGAACUGCUGGACAAACACUCGUCCACCUUUUACGAUGCACGGACGCCCAAAGCGCUGCAGAGCCACUGGCAGCUGAUGAAACAGUACUCACUGCUGCCGGACCAAUCCGUUCAGUCGCUACCGAAGAGUGACAACAUUCUGAGUUUCUCCGAUGCCGAGGACCUCAUCAACGAUGCCGAGCUGGCCGAGCCGCGGGAUGAGGCACUGGAAACGGAGCUAACGCUUGCGGAUCGGAAGAGCAAAAAGGAGAUUCGCAGCCUAGAGAACGAGCUGAACCGGUGGAGUGUGUUGGUCGAUUCCCUGACGGGCAUUGGCUUUUCGCCCGGUUUCGACGCUCAAACAUUGGCCGUCAUCCGGGGGCGUAUGGUUCGGUUUCUGAUGCGCUCGCGUGAGAUUGUCCUCGGUCGGACGACGAAGGACACCACGGUCGAUGUGGACCUGUCGUUGGAAGGGCCGGCGUAUAAGGUGUCCCGCAAACAGGGCACCAUCAAGCUACGCUCGAAUGGCGAUUUCUUUAUCACGAAUGAAGGCAAACGGCCGCUGUACAUCGAUGGACGCCCGCUACUGUGCGGACACAAAACGAGGUUGAACGAUAAUUGCGUGAUUGAGAUCUCCAAUUUGCGCUUUGUGUUUCUCAUCAACCACGAGUUCAUCAAUGCGGUGCGGCAAGAGAGUGCCAAAAUGAAUAUUCCUCUCAAUUGAACCCCGGGCUCCAGGGUUUCGUAUGCGCCAAGGAUUGAACUAAACAUUAACCGAUCAUACCUGAACUAUGUGUCCACAAAC